AUGGCAACUGAGAGCGUCGUCACAAAUGGGGCAGCAAAUGGUCAUACAGCAGAUGGACCACUCUUGAAUGGCAAUCAUUCAAUCUCUGCCACCAAUGGAUCUUUCCAUCCGCCUUCCGGAAGCCGGAACCCUCUCCGUCCUGGAAUCUACUGUCCCGUCCUUACCUUCUUCGAUGCAGACGACAACCUGGAUCUUCAAGCCAUCGGCGCCCAUUCGGUCCGCCUGGCACAGGCCGGCCUGGUUGGCAUUGUCACCAUGGGCUCCAACGGCGAGGCGGUGCAUCUGACCCGCGCCGAGAAAGUCAUCGUUACUCGCACUGUCCGGGCAGCCUUGGAUCAGGCCGGUUUCUCCCACAUCCCCAUCAUGGUUGGAACGUCCGAGCAAUCGGUCACACUCACCCUGGACUUAAUCCACGAAUCCGCCGCCGCAGGAGGAGAAUACGCGCUGCUGGUUCCGCCCAGCUACUACCGAGCGGCCAUGGAUGACGCCGCCAUCUACACCUACUUCACCUCCGUCGCCUCCGCUUCUCCCAUCCCGCUCGUGCUCUACAACUACCCCGGCGCCGUCGCCGGCAUCGACAUGGAUUCCGACCUCCUGAUCCGCAUCUGCCAGCAUCCCAACAUCGUCGGCUGCAAGUUCACCUGCGGUAACAACGGCAAGCUCACCCGCGAGGCCAAGGGCAUCCCGUACAUGGCUUUCGGCGGAAUGGCCGACUUCACCCUUCAAACCUUCGUCUCCGGCGGCUCGGGCAUCAUCGCGGGUGGCGCCAAUGUGUUCCCGAAAACCUGCGUGAGGGUGUGGAAGGCAAUGGAAUCACUCUCGUCGUCGCCCGACCCGCUCGCUACGCUGUCCGAGGCGGCGCGCCUGCAGCGGGUCCUCUCGACGGGGGACUGGGUGCUCACGAAGAGCGCCAUCCCCGGCACCAAGUCGGCGUUGCAGAGUUACUUCGGGUACGGCGGGUUCCCGAGGGCGCCGCUCAAGCGGUUGGAUGAGGUGGAGGCGUUGAGGAUUAAGGACGCGACGACGGAGCUGUGGGCGCUGGAGGCGGCGCUAUGA